AAAUAUUCACUCACACAUAUUCUACCAAUGGCAGUCAAUUAUAUUAAAUGAGAUUGUAAGCAACGAUCGAAGACAUUCAAUACCUGUUUAGUUGCGUUAAUGUAACGAACUAGUCAACCGAAAUCCACAAAUCAACUAAAUUCAAAACGCUUCUUUGAAGUUUAAAUUAAAAGUAUUGUUUAAACUAAAAAAAUAACAAUCUUGACAAUUAAAUGUUUUUUUUUUACAAUCAACAGUUAGUCCAAUUUACAUUCGUGAAUCUGAGAUAUUUGAAUUACUUGACAUAAAGAUUUUCAUAUGCGGACAAUUUCAAAGUGUAAAGUGUGAAUAAAAAAACUUUUAGUGCCUAUAAAAUCAAAAGUUUUUUCAUAUUUGUGAUUUUUAUUCUACAACGUUGUUCAAAUAACUUAGACGAUUUUGAAAAGUGUUGUUAAUUUGGAGAAAACGAACAAAAAAAUGAAUCUAUCGUUUGCUGGUUGUGGAUUCCUCGGUAUUUACCAUGUUGGGGUUGCUGUCUGUUUUAAAAAGUAUGCACCACAUUUGCUACUCGACAAAAUUAGUGGUGCUUCGGCUGGAUGUUUAGCAGCUACCUGUUUACUCUGUGAUAUGCCAUUAGGCGAAAUGACGUCGGACUUUUUCCGUGUUGUCAACGAAGCCCGAUCACAUUCUCUGGGCCCAUUUAGUCCAUCGUUCAACAUUCAAACAUGUUUGCUAGAAGGUUUACAAAAAUUUUUACCCCCAGAUGCUCAUGAACGUGUCAAUGGUCGUUUGCAUGUAUCGCUAACACGAAGUUGUGACGGCAAGAAUAUAAUCGUCUCACAGUUCAAUAGCCGUGAAGAUCUAUUGCAAGCAUUGUUAUGUGCUUGUUUCAUUCCUGGAUUUUCAGGCAUUUUACCACCCAAAUUUCAAGGUGUUCGUUACAUGGAUGGAGCAUUUUCAGAUAAUUUACCAGUUCUAGAUGAGAAUACAGUAACCGUCAGUCCAUUCUGUGGUGAGAGUGAUAUUUGUCCGCGCGACCAAAGUGCGCAACUCUUUCAUGUGAAUUGGGCGAAUACAAGUAUUGAAUUAUCACGACAAAAUAUCAAUCGUUUCAUUCGUAUAUUGUUUCCGCCAAAACCGGAAGUUUUAUCGAACAUGUGUCAGCAAGGCUUCGAUGAUGCUCUUCAAUUUCUACACCGUAAUAAUUUAAUUAGUUGUACUCGUUGCUUGGCUGUUCAAUCAACAUUUGUGGUUCAAGAAGCAAUACCAGAAGAUGAAUUUGACCCAGAAUGUACUGAAUGCCAACAACAUCGCAAGGUAUCAUUUAUGAGUAGUUUUUGUUCAUUUUGUAGUUUUUGUUCAUAUAGUUUCUUACCUAGAGUUGAUCAGAAGAAAAGAAUGGAAAAAAUGGAAAAAAUGGAAAUUAAUCAAUACACAGAAACAAAUAUUCGAGUACGGUUACUCGUACUUGCGGUGUUAGCAAAGAGUCUACCCUUCAAAAUGAGUUACAUAGCCGCAUGCGUUCAACGUACAUAUGACUACACAUGUAUCUCUUCUUUCACUACGCUGCGUUGGAUACGCAAUGCUUGGAUGAAAUUAACACAAAAAAUAGAGUAAAAUAGAGUGCGCAAC